UUCUGCUUCGAUCGUAGGUACGUAUUGUAGUUAAAGAUUACAACAAUUAACAUUACAGCUGCGAAAUAUUUGUUUCUGAUGAUUCAUUCUUUCGGCUUGUCGUGUUCACUUUUCCAUUUCAAUUCCAUUCCAUCAAUUCGUCUGCGGGGUCUGAUCGUAGUCGUAAGUUACAUAUUAUAUAGGUAGAGGUACCUAUAAAUACCUGCCCUACGUGAUUAUUUGAUUUUCGAUUUCUUUGCUGUUGCGUAUUUUGUUGAAUUCUCUCAGCAAAUAUCGUGUGAUUUUAGCAUUUUCGCGUGGGUAAUUGUGUGAGAAAUGAUGCGUGUUUCAACAGUAAUAUUCAUCUUGAUUUGCGCUUUUGUCGAGGUACACUGCGUUGAUUUGGAAUUCAAAACCUACCGUUGUCCAAAUGGAACGUACAUUAGCAAUCAAUUAAUUUGUGAUGGAAAAGAUGACUGUGUUGGUAUCUGGACGUUUACUGAUGAAUCCGGUUGUGAUCAAGAAAACUGUGGCAUGGGGAAAUUCAACUGCGGAAAUUCGAAUGAUAAUUACGGUAUGAUUACUUUCACUUACUGUAAGAAUACUACAGUUCGAUGUAAUACCCUUGAUGAUUGUCCUAAUAUCGGUGACGAAAACAACUGCGGUGAUGAAGUCAACGUGGAAAAUUGUUCAUUGGGUGAAGGAAAAUAUUUAUGCGACGAUGGAUUAAGAUGUUUGGAUUUCAAUCUCACUUGUGACGGUUUCUGUAAUUGCUUCGAUUGUUCUGAUGAAAAAAGCGGCUGUUUAAAUGAUGGAUAUUCCAACGAUAAUACUCUAAAAUCUUCUCAAAUAGCUUGUUUCAAGACACCUAAUGGACCUUUGUGUUGUUCAGAAUUCGAUUCUAUAUGUCAAGAAUGCGACUCAAAAAUUGAUAUUUGCGAUCAUAAAUGCGUUCAAUUCGUCAAUAAUACCGGAUGUUUUUGUGACGAAAAUUAUGUCGGGGGAGUCGGCGAUAUCAGGAAUUCCAAAUGUUGGCCGAAGAAUAACACGGUAAAAGGAGUUACGCUGUUGUACUGGACAGAUCGUAAAUUCAGAUCAGUGAAUCUUUUCACCCAUACGGAUUAUGUUUCGAAAAAAUUGACCCGCCAAUGUUCUGCCUCAACUGCAGCCCAUGAUUACACGUAUUACGCAAUCGACGAAAGUCGUAUUAAUGAAGAGCGACGGAACACACGAAUUUUCAAAAUGUCAGCUAUUUCUAAUGAUGAGCCACAAGAAGUCAUCAAGUCUGAUGAAAAAAUUGAUUCCCUUGCUGUUGAUUGGAUAACGAAUAAUAUUUAUUAUUCAACAUCGUCGUCUCUAUCAGUUUGUUCUAAUGACGGUAAAAUUUGCAAACAGCUCAAAUCCGGUGAUAUAAGUUUUAGUUUUGUUACGUUAGCUCCAAGAUUUGGGUUGAUGUUUUGGGUUACCCCGAAAUGGGACUCAGGAAGUUUCUACUGGUAUUUGACGAAGUCUUCGAUGGAUGGAUCCGAUGAGAAUCAUUUCGAUGACGUUAUAGUAGAGUCUUGUACAAUGCUAGUUGCGGAUGAAUUAACUGAGAGAUUAUAUUUCUAUGAGAUUGGAUUUGAAUCUGGAUUGUACCACAUACGAUCUGUAACUUUUAAAGGAGAUCAGAUGAAGGUUUGGACAUUCGAUUCUCUUAUGCGUUUCAUCACUGUUUUCGAAAAUAAUGUUUUCUUCGUCAGUAAUGAUCAAAGUAGAAUUUCCAGCAUGAAUUUAAAGACUAAAAUAGUUUCACCGCGAGUUAGCAUCGAUAGAAAUGGGUACUCGAAGGAUUUCAUAUUGCACGUGUACAACCCUCUCCUACAACGAACUAAGAUUCCGAAUCCUUGUCCAGCGUCGUGCUCUGGGUUAUGUUUGCUGCGCCCGUCUUCGUCUAAAGGUUUUUUAAAUUACACUUGUUUGAAUGAAUCUGGGUCCAAUAUCAGUUUUGGCGUUUUAGUGUUUCUUAUAAUUUUAGCGGGCCUUCUUAUAUGGUGUUUAUUUUUUGUAUUUUAAAGUUAACAAGCGGAAUUCUUUGAAAUUUUUUUGGAAAUAAUGAUCCGUUGUUGUAUAUUAUUAGGGCUAGGAUUUUUAUGCAAAUGCUUGUCUGAAUGCACUGCAGUAGAUACCGCAUAACAAUGUUUCUUUUGCGAUUCAUGCAUUUUUAAGCCGAAUUGCAAAAUUUUUUAGCGCAUAAUUUUGCUUUUUUAGACCAUAAACGCUUAAAACUGCUUAUUUUCAGCAAAAAAUGGCCGAUAACCGCUUUUUUAGCGCUUUUUCAAGUACUUUAGCGCAUAUUUCGAAGAAAAACGACAAAAAAUCGUUCUAAAAACUUGAAUUUUCGUUGUUUUGUCAACAAAAAAAAUCACUUUCAAACUAUUUUAGUUGAAAAAAAAAAUAAAAACAUUUUGAUGAUUUUGAUCUCUGAUUUUGCAAACGAACGUUUGAAUUUUGAAUCAGUUAGUUUUUAUUUACCUAAUUCUUGUAAUCUGACACUUGUAGGUAUGUUUAAUGUUUUUGUUCAAAAAUUAAAUCUAAAAUAAAUGAUUUUUGAUAUUUUUCUGAUUUAAAUAAUUCAGUUUAAACUUGAUAGGGAAUCCAAUAGGAUUUUUGCAUUCUGCUUAAAAAUACCUGCAUUUUGAUAUGCCACAUGAUGCACUUACAAACCACUUAUUUUCGCUUUUUCAGAUUUUUUGGCGCAUAAUUUUGCUUUUUUUGGCCAUUUUAACUGCUUUUUUAAGCGCUUAAAACUGUUUUUUUAGCGCAUAAAAAUCCUAGCCCUAUAUAUUAUAGAUACUUACAUUACCUAUAGGUAAAUCCGAAAGAAAAAAAUAUCAGGGAAUAGUUAGAGGUAACCUAAAGAUAGAAUGAGUUUUUUCGUCAGUAUAAGAUGCAAGUUUUCCUUUCAAUUGAUUGUAGAGGAUGAAAGAGCUUCAAGUUUUAUUAUCUAUUCGGUUUUGUUUAGUUUUUAGUAGGUACCUAUACUACCUACUUAUUAGUUUUAAGUACAAUUCUUUUGUAAAUAAGUAUAUUAUUUUAUUUCA